AUGGCCGUACCUCGCUUCUUGCUCAUAAGCCUGGGAAACCCCGAGCCUUAUUACAAUACACUCCACUCCGCCGGCCAUCAUGCCCUUAACCACCUCCAGAAACUCCUGGGCCCUUCCCAACCCGCCUUCCACAGGGGUCGCUUUGGCGGGAGCCCAUGCCUGGCGUCCAUCGGCCCCAAGUACGCCAUGAUCCAGAGCCCUGCUGUCAUGAACGUCUCCGGCAAAUGGGUUGCCAAGGCCUGGAAGGAAACCCUCGGCAGCCGUGACCCGACGGACCUGAGUCUCCUCCUCGUCCACGACGACCUGGAGGAGGAGCUUGGGGUCGUCAAGACGAGAAAGUGGAAGAGCAGCCACCGGGGUCACAACGGAGUCAAGAGCGUCAACGCCUGUCUUCGCCAGGCGGAUUACCCGGGAUCCGAGUGGGCGAGGAUAUGCAUUGGUAUUGGACGACCAGAAGAGCGUGAGAAGGCUACCGUGUCUAACUACGUGCUCAAGCCCAUGUCAAGGCAACAACGGUCCGCCAUUGAAGACAACGCAGGACCGGGGGCCUACGAAUGCCUUCUCGCAUGGGAGGAGAGGUUGGCGGCUGCAGCCGGGAACUGA